UAACUAAAGUCCAACUUCCUUUGCCGAAAGAGGAUGAAACGGAUCAGCCGAUUCAACUUAGCAUUACCCGACUCGUAACUUCAAGCACAACCAUCCAUCUCAAUCCAAAAUCUCCGAUCGUCUGUGAUCCAAACCCAAACUCUCCUCCGGUUUUGGAUAUAUAGACAGUGCCUGCUCUCAAACCAACCAAGACAGCAGCAAGUUCCUAUCGAGAACAAGACGACAGAUCAAUAUGACCAAUUUCUAUAAUAUCUCGGGUGAAUACGUGAAAAAGUGUUGCUUAGCUCAGUGAAAUGGAAUAAGGAAGAGAAAGUGUAGUGUGAUAAGGGAAGAUGCAAGUCAAUUUUGAGGUUUUCAAGCAAGGGCUGAGAUAGAUAUACAAACCAGAAGAAUUCACAUCAGAACCCUUUCCUGCUUCCCCUUUUUACCCAUUGGACUCGACUCACAUUUUGAUCUCCUACGCUUGCUUUCACAGUCCCCCUACGAGCAGCCCGGAAUCAAUGAAGGAGUUCAUUCAGCACCGAGCCGAGCGAGCGUAGAUUCAAUAUGUUGAUUGUACCGAACGAAGGAUUUGCCUUAUCACGAAAGCCACAUUCGUUUCGUUUGAGGAAGUCACACGUCCUGUUCCCUAUAAAUAAGGAGAUUCAUUCUUUUUUUUCAGAAAUCCCCUCUUCUUCCUCCUCAAGCCCCUAUCACAAGACCAAGCGGAUCUCAUCCUGCAGAAGACUCAGAGCGGAUCUAUCUAAUGGCAUGGCUGGCUGUCGGAUGUGAUCUAUUCUCGUGUCACAUCGCUUUCUUUCUUCUCCCUCCAUUUUCUUCACUACUACCGCUUCUACACAUAAAUCAAAGAAGCAUUGUGGAAUAGUGGCAUUUCGUUAAUGGCUAAAAUGUUCUUAGUGAAAGGGUUGCCGCAAAACCGGCAAACUCAGAGCGGUCUCUGAAAGUGAAUAGGAGCAUAGCGGCAUCAUCCAAGCCAAACACGUCUCCUCAGUCAAGGGUCUUCUCGCGCAAAUAAGAUCAAAAACAUAACAACUGAUUUCGCUUAAUGCAUGUCACUCGCCCGCUCUCAAUACAGCAAGUGACUCUCUCUCACAAGACAGAGAAAGAUUACCGAUUCAUCCAAUCCAAUUUGAUCAGAAGUGAGUUCAUUGUUGUUGUAUAGCGAAACCUUUCCUUGACAAAACCAUUCUCAGCUAAUAGAAGCCGAGCUAUCUAUCCAGAUCAGGGUUGAACGAAGCGAAUGGAAAAGCCAAAGAAAACUUAAAUCCAUUGCGAUUAGAAACCAGUGACUCUACAGCCAGGGCUCGAUGGCGAUGUAAGAUAGAAAGAAUGGGGAGUUAGGGCUUCGGUUUCCUCUGUAGCCAGUUUCAAUUCCAAAUCAUUUGCCGACAUGCGGACUCACUUCUCUUUUAUGGGAUGACUUUUAUUAUCCAAGUUGUCUAUUUACGUGGGUGAAUCAAGUACAACAAGUCAGGUCAGAGCUUGUGGUAGAAGAUUGGGCUCUGCUACGCAGAUCCACUCAACUAGGAAAGAAGUACGCAUUGCUGACUGACUGUUUGAACGAUCCUAGUUACUAGUAGCUAAUCAAGUCAGAGUAGGGUGGCCGAGAAGCUUCUUGCCGGUGCCCCCAAAAGCAAAGCACAGACUCUACUCACCCACGCGUUUUCCACCUACGGAGGGAGAAAUCAUCGAAAUAUCCUCAUCCCCUGAAAGGGAACCCGAAAACAGGACGAGAGUGGAUAGGGUGACUAAGGAGGCCGUAAAAAUUAGUAGUGCAUUUUUGAAAGAUAAGAUUACAAAAAGGCGAGAGCAGCAUAAUUGUUAGUUAGGGGUAAGAGGGGACGGGCCCGUAUAGAAAGUCAAUCCUUCUUUUUCCGAUAUGCCGCUCCGCAAGCAAGGAGUGCCACGCACGAGCGGAGCGAAAACUAAGCAAGGGGAAUUCCGUCAUUCCAUGGAAAGCAUGCGAAAUCCUUUGAUUGUUUAUAGAAUCAAAAUAACUAUAUAGUCUUUCUUGUUCCACUUGCAAGGCAAGGAAAAUAAAAUGUCAGUUUCGUUAUUACAACCUUAUUUUUUUAUGUCAAAGACAAAAAGCUACGCGCAAAUUCUCAUUGGAUCUCGGUUGUUCUUAACAGCAAUGGCUAUUCAUUUAAGUCUUCGGGUAGCACCACCAGAUCUUCAACAAGGUGGAAAUUCUCGUAUUUCGUAUGUACAUGUUCCUGCAGCUCGGAUGAGUAUAGUUAUUUAUAUCGCGACGGCUAUAAACAGUUCCUUGUUCCCAUUAACAGAACAUCCCCUUUUUCUUCGCUCUUCCGGAACCGGUACAGAAAUUGGUGAUUUUUCUACUUUGUUUACGUUAGUGACUGGGGGGUUUCGGGGAAGGCCUAUGUGGGGUACCUUUCGGGUGUGGGAUGCUCGUUUAACUUCUGUAUUCAUCUUGUUCCUUAUUUACCUGGGUGCACUGCGUUUUCAAAAGCUUCCUGUCGAACCGGCUCCUAUUUCAAUCCAUGCUGGACCGAUCGAUAUACCAAUAAUAAAGUCUCCAGUCAACUGGUGGAAUACAUCGCAUCAACCUGGGAGCAUUAGCCGAUCUGGUACAUCAAUACAUGUUCCUAUGCCCAUUCCAAUCUUGUCUAACUUUGCUAACUUCCCCUUCUCUACCCGUAUCUUGUUCGUUCUAGAAACACGUCUUCCUAUUCCAUCUUUUCCCGAAUCUCCCUUAACGGAAGAAAUAGAAGCUCGAGAAGGAAUACCACUAAAAACCUAGUUCGCUCUCAAAUAAAAACCUAGUUCACUCGCUAAAGCAUCCAUGGCUGAAUGGUGAAAGCGCCCACCAACCUAGAAAGGCAAAAUGGGUCAAAAAGUAGGUUCGAUUCCUGCCGGAUGCACUGCCUCUUAAAGACAGAAACAGAGGAGGGAAAGAAGGUAGUAUAGGGAACUUGCUUUUGGAUUCUUAUCGAAAGUGAAUCCCUCUAACACUUCUGUUAGUGUUUUAUGAGAAAAUCUUUUAUAGACACAACAAGUGUGAAAAUCCUUAGUCACUAGGCAAGAAAGCUCGAUGGGAACAAAAAGGAUACAAUUAGUUCAUAAUCAAAAAAAUGUACAAUUUCAAAGGAAAGAAGGAAUGGCAAGUUUCCCUCCAUUGAACAUCAAUCAAUCUAGAAAUAGGUAAAGGAAGGCGUAUCACAGGGGUAUUUUGCUUUUUUUCUAUUCACUUCCGUGGGGUUCUAAAUUGAAAACAUGAACACAAACGAAAUCGUAUUGAAA